UGUCGCUGAUGUCAGGCGAUUUGCAUACUGACUUCCGCCCCACGGUUUCAGUUCUGCAUCAGACAGGCAGUAGUAGAGACGGGAGAGGGACAAGAUGUGUCACUCGAAGAUAUGAAGACGUGACAUUUAACUUUCUCCGCCAGAAAACUGAGUGAACGUGUUGGAUCACUGCCUCGGGACGUUGUAGGCUACAGUUCGAAAAGAUCGGACUUGGUCUUGAUGAAAUAAUUACCGUACUGGCUUUAACUCUAGCAAGCUAACAAGCUAACUCCUUGCUCUUUGCUGAGGAUCCGAUACUUUCAUUUGAGGAGGCGGACCUACACCAUACUGCGUGCUCAAUAUGCUAAAAACAUCUCCAAUGUUUGCAUACUGUAUGUGGAAGUACAGAUACUAUUUUGUCUUAAUACAAUCGUAAGGACCGAUAUAUUGCACUUUAAACUGGCUUGGAUACACAAUUUCUUGGCAGAAAGCAAAUACAUUUUUGUUUGUAUUUUUUUUUAUUUUUUUAGGCUGGGAAUUCCAAAUUUUUGCACUUUUUCUUUUUAAGUUGAUUGAGUUUGAAAACCGGUUUGCCCGACUAUUGCUAAAUCCCAUUAUAAAACCUGGUAUGAACGAUCUCGUUUCGUGGACACUUUUGGAGUGACUAAUACGCCACAGAAGUAUCGAUCAACGAUGGAGUUUUAAAGUCUUAAAUUAUUUUUUUAACGUUCCGAGCUCAUAAGCUGGAGUCAUAAAGCUAAAGAUUUUUUUGAGGUAUUUAGCUAAGGUGUUUACAUUAAUACAAACUUUUAACGUCGUUUGUAUCAUAGCCUAUUUAUAUAGAGAAACAUAUUUUCGUAUGAAUGUGCAGUGCCAUUUUUAAAAUAGCCUAAUAAAUAGCGCGACUAUUUAAAAGCGGUGCAUUUUAUGUAACAACUCUCGUGUCCGACGUUCCUAUUUCGCGAUUCGACUCAUUCUUCCUAAAUAUUCUGGCCAAACCGCAAUCGAUGAACGCAUUUUGUUUGGGCACCGGGCAGAAUCCACGUUUGUAAAACAUUGCUUUGGUUUCCGUAUAUUUUGCUCGCUUCCUCCGACGUGGAAAGGAUUCCCAGGCUUCCCCCAUCAUGACUUACUUCUGCCGGGCUGUGGCUCUUGGGGUGCUACGUGGACUUCUAAUUUGUGCGGUAUUGGGAUUAGAAAGCAGCUAUCCGAAUGAUCUGGCGAGUUCAGUCACUUCAGACGGUACCUUUGCUCCUACUAUCGCAGACCCCUGCCUUACUGUGAUUCCGCAAUGCGUGAGCGAGGCGGACCGGUUCAGCCUGGACGCUCUACGACACAUUCACAAACAGCUGGACGAUGACAACGAUGGGGGAAUCGAAGUCAACGAGAGCGUUGAGUUCAUCAUAGAGGACAUGAAGCAGCAGCAGACUAACAAGCACAGCAACCUCCACAGAGAGGAUCAGCACAUUACAGUGGAGGAACUGUGGAAAGGCUGGAAGACUUCUGAAGUGCAUAACUGGACACUGGAGGACACGGUUCAGUGGCUGAAGGAGUCUGUUGAACUGCCCCAGUAUGAGAGAAACUUCCGGGACUUCAGAGUGAACGGGAACACACUACCUCGAAUAGCUGCCAAUGAACCGUCCUUCAUGUCGCUACAAUUGAAGAUCGUGGAUCAGAGACACAAACAGAAGCUCAAUCUGAAAGCCCUGGAUGCAGUGCUGUUUGGACCCCCUCUGCGUCCCCAUCACAACUGGAUGAAGGACUUCAUUUUAAUGGUGUCCAUCAUCAUCGGUGUUGGGGGGUGCUGGUUUGCGUACUUGCAGAACAAGGCGUCCAAGGUGCACAUCUCUCGGAUGAUGAAGGACCUGGAGAGCCUUCAGCACGCCGAGCAGAGCCUCAUGGAGCUGCAGAGCCGUCUGGAGAAAGCCCAGGAGGAGAAUCGGACGGUUGCCGUGGAGAAGCAGAACCUGGAGCAGAAGAUGAGAGACGAGAUCAGUGGAGCCAAAAAGGAGGCGCACCGGCUCCGGGAGCUGCGCCAGGGGGCGGAGUCUGAGCUGAGCCGUCUGAAAUACGCGGAGGAGGAGCUGGUGCAGGUGCGCGUGGCCUUGAAAAGGGCGGAGAAGGAGAUGCAGGCCGGUUGGUCCGUCCCGGAAGCCUUGCAGAUGUGGCUGCAGCUCACACACGAGGUGGAGGUCCAGUACUACAACAUAAAGAAACAGAGCGCCGAGCUGCAGCUCACUGUCGCCAAAGACGAGGUGAGAAAGACUUCCUGCCCCCCGCACUUCCUGUUUAUUUCUACCUGAGUGGUGAGGUGGCGCUGACUGUCGCUAAGGGAAAAGGUAGAGGUACGAUGGUUAAGAACUACAGGGCCUAUAUAGACUUUGAUGGUUGUAGUGUGGAUAUUACUGUUGAAGCAAUACCAACCGGUCAGACACAUUUUAAUAUUGAGAUUGCAACUUAAACAUACACACACCCACACACACACAUACACACAAAGAUUUGUUUUUUACUGAAGCAAGGUCAGCCAUUUUUAAUAAUAUAAAAAUGAUUUAUAAUGUAUAUUAAAAAAAAAGUAUCUGAACAUAUCAGGGGAAAUCAAAACACUAAAUUGCAAAACUGCAUUAAUGCUGCUAAGGCAGAGAUACGUGUCACACAUAAUAAAACAAGAUUAUAUAACACUAUGAAA